AUGUUCGUUUACAAGAGAGAUGGACGCAAGGAACGCGUGCAGUUUGAUAAGAUCACUGCCCGUGUGUCCAGACUGUGUUACGGACUCGACCCCGAGCACGUCGAUGCCGCUGCUAUCACCCAAAAAGUCAUCUCUGGUGUCUACCAGGGUGUGAACACCAUUGAGCUGGACAACUUGGCUGCCGAGACCGCUGCAUACAUGACUGUCACACAUCCCGAUUAUGCCAUCCUGGCCGCUCGUAUUGCCGUUUCCAACCUCCACAAACAAACCAAGAAGCAGUUUUCUAUGGCCAUCUCAGAUCUCUACCACUAUGUCAACCCCAAGAACGGCAAGGCCGCCCCCAUGAUCUCCCAAGGAACCUAUGAGACUGUCAUGAAGCACGCCGAUGAGCUCAACUCGGCUAUUGUCUACGACCGUGACUUCAACUACAACUACUUUGGUUUCAAGACCCUGGAGCGUUCAUACCUCCUCCGUGUCGAUGGCAAGGUUGCUGAGCGUCCUCAGCACUUGCUCAUGCGUGUCUCUGUCGGCAUUCACGGUGAGGAUAUUGAGAAGGCCAUUGAGACCUACCACUUGAUGUCCCAGAAGUACUUCACCCACGCUUCCCCCACUCUUUUCAACGCCGGUACUCCUUCCCCCCAGCUUGCUUCUUGCUUCCUGGUUGAUAUGAAGGAUGACAGCAUUGAGGGUAUCUAUGACACUCUCAAGACCUGUGCCAUGAUCUCCAAGACCGCCGGUGGUAUCGGUCUUAACGUUCACAAUAUCCGUGCCACUGGCUCUUACAUUGCCGGUACCAACGGCUCUUCCAACGGUAUCGUUCCUAUGCUCCGUGUCUACAACAACACCGCUCGCUACGUCGACCAGGGUGGUAACAAGCGUCCUGGUGCCUUUGCCAUCUACCUUGAGCCGUGGCACGCGGAUGUCUUCGAGUUCCUGGACCUGCGCAAGAACCACGGUAAGGAGGAGGUUCGUGCUCGUGACCUGUUCUACGCCCUGUGGACCCCCGAUCUGUUCAUGAAGCGUGUUGAGGCCAACGGUGACUGGACUCUGAUGUGCCCCAACGAGGCCCCUGGUCUCGCUGACGUCUACGGUGACGAGUUCGAUGCUCUUUACGAGAAGUACGAGCGCGAGGGCCGUGGCCGUCGUACCAUCAAGGCCCAGAAGCUGUGGUAUGCCAUUCUCGAGGCUCAGACUGAGACCGGUAACCCUUUCAUGCUGUACAAGGAUGCUUGCAACAAGAAGAGCAACCAGAAGAACUUGGGUACCAUCCGCAGCUCCAACCUGUGCACUGAGAUCAUCGAGUACAGCGCCCCCGAUGAGGUGGCUGUCUGCAACUUGGCCUCCCUGGCUCUUCCCACCUUUGUUGAUGCUGCUCGUGGCGAGUAUGACUUUGGCAAGCUGCACGAGGUCGUCCAAGUUCUGGUCCGCAACUUGAACAAGAUCAUUGACAUUAACUACUACCCCGUCCCCGAGGCUAAGAAGAGCAACUUCCGUCACCGUCCCAUCGCUCUCGGUGUUAACGGCCUGGCUGAUGCUUUCCUUGCCCUGCGUCUGCCCUUCGACUCGCCCGAGGCCAAGCAGCUGAACAUCCAGAUCUUCGAGACCAUCUACCACGGUGCCCUGACUGCCUCCGCUGAGAUCGCCAAGCAGCUCGGUCCCUACGAGACCUACCCCGGCUCCCCUGUCUCGCAGGGUAUCCUGCAGUACGACAUGUGGGACCGUACCCCUACUGAUCUGUGGGACUGGGCUUCUCUGAAGGCCAAGAUUGCCGAGACUGGUGUCCGCAACAGUCUGUUGGUCGCUCCCAUGCCCACUGCCAGUACCAGUCAGAUCCUGGGCUUCAACGAGUGCUUCGAGCCUUACACCUCCAACAUCUACUCACGCCGUGUCCUGGCUGGUGAGUUCCAAGUUGUCAACCCCUGGCUCCUGAAGGAUCUGGUCGACCUUGGCCUGUGGUCCGACAACAUGAAGAACCGCAUCAUCGCCGACGGUGGCUCUGUCCAGAACAUCCCCAACAUCCCCGCCGAUAUCAAGGCUCUUUACAAGACCGUGUGGGAGAUCUCCCAGCGUAACAUCCUGCAGAUGGCUGCCGACCGUGGUGCUUUCAUCGAUCAAUCCCAGUCUCUCAACAUCCACAUGAAGGAGCCUACUAUGGGCAAGAUCACCAGUAUGCACUUUGCAGGCUGGAAAAUGGGCCUGAAGACCGGCAUGUACUACCUGCGUACCAUGGCCGCCUCUGCCCCCAUCCAGUUCACCGUUGACCAAGAGGCGCUUAAGGUUGAGGAUACCAACAUCGCCCGUUCCAAGAAGCGCAUUGGUGCUGUUGCCUCCUCUUACUCCGCUGUGCCCCGUUCCAACGAUGCCGAGGUCCCUGCUAUGGUCGCUCCCAGCCACGAGAGCCCCCGCACUGUGGUUCCUGCACCCGUUGUCGCUCCUGUCGAGGUUGCUCCGGCCGCUGACGCUGCUCCUGAGGCGGCCGAGGAUGAGACCGCUCAAGGUGACAUUUUCUCUGACGCUGUUCUCCAGUGCAGCAUUGAAAACAAGGAGGCUUGCCUCAUGUGCCAGGGCUAA